CAUUUCAUUCUAUUCCAUGCUAUUCUAUUCAUGGCAAUGCAUAGGAUUGUGGAAAUACAUUUCUCCCAUAAUAAGACUAGGGUAUGUAGGCCAACGUCUACAUUUUUAUCGUGGAUCUGAGUCAGGAUUUAGGUCAGAAUUAUGACUUAUCUCAUUCCAAUGUAAUAACUUUUUCUAGGGCUCGCUGUCUCAUAAAACAAUGACACUCCCUCUUUGUGCUCACUGACGCGCCUCCAUUGUGCACAGUAGUUGGGACCAUGCAUUUCAGUGCGCUAUUCGUCACCAACACGACCCAGAGAACGUAGCUUAAUGGCGCUUUGCUCAGACACCCCCUAUGUUUUGUGAGCUGUAACUGCGUCUGAAGGCUGUGAGAGAUAAGUGGAAAGUCCCUAACACUGGAAAUCCCCUUUGUCUGCCUGGGCUUUUCCGCAGUCUGCAUGAACUACAUUAAGUUGGAGGACGUGAUCUAUGCUUCGACAUGUAGAGUAAACAUACCAACAUAUAAUUGAUUGUGAAGAAGGCUGAAUGGCGCUGUUUGGACUGCUGCCGUUACCCUGAUUGAAGUGGCAGAGGACUACCAGGAGCAUCCUUAGGGCUUUGUUGGUGGUCUUAUUGCACAGUUCUGCAUUGAUACACGUUACAUCUGGUGAACACCAUGUCCCAGGGACAGAAUUUCCUGCCCAAGUUCCUCUUUGUGAGUAACCUGCUGAAAGCGGUCAAGAUCCGGGAGCGGGUGCCCAACGAUGUAGUGAAGCCUGCGGGCAGUGAAAGCCUGAUGCACCACCUGCGGGGCAUGCACCGGUACACACUGGAAAUGAUCAGCAUGAGCCAGUUCCCUCAGGCCUUCCAACAGGUCAUUCAGGCAGCCAUCUUGGACAGGGCCAUGCAGAGCUCCCUAGAGCAGGAGAAGAAGCUCAACUGGUGCCACGAGGUCAAGAAAAUGGUACCACUGAGGACCAAUGGAGAUGGGAACUGUCUUCUCCAUGCUGCCUCUCAGUACAUGCUGGGGGUGCAGGACACAGACCUGGUCCUGAGGAAGGCCCUGCACAGUGUGCUCAAGGAGAACGAAACAGGCAACUUUAGAGCCCGUUUCCAGACAGAGCUACUGCAGUCUCAGGAGUUCACCCAGACUGGCCUGCGUUACAGCACUAUGAAUUGGGAGGAGGAAUGGGAGAAGAUCAUCAAGAUGGCUUCGCCUGUGUCCAGCCGCAAUGGGCUGCAGUUUGACUCCCUGGAGGACAUGCACAUCUUUAUCCUCUCCAACAUCCUCCGCAGGCCCAUCAUCAUCAUCGCAGACCAGGUGCUGCGCAGCAUGAGGUCUUGCUCCUCCUUCUCUCCCCUCAACGUGGGGGGCAUCUACCUUCCUCUGCACUGGCCUCCAAGGGAGUGCUACAAGUACCCCAUAGUGCUCGGCUACGACUCCCAGCACUUUGCCCCCCUCAUCACCAUCAAAGACAGUGGCCCAGAGAUCCGAGCAGUGCCACUGAUCAACCCGGGCCGCGCGGGCUUCGAGGAGCUCAACGUGCACUUCUUGAUGGAGAAGGAGCAGACGCAGAAGGAGAGGCUUCUGAAGGACUACCUAAUGCUGAUGGAGAUCCCUGUCAUUGGACUGGGCUACGAUACCACACGCAUCAUCAACGCUGCCAGGCUGGAUGAAGGGAACCUACCUGAGGACAUGAACCUGAUGGAGGACUACCUCCAGUUGGUCAACCACGAGUACAAGCGCUGGCAGGAGGACAAGGACCAACUGUGGGCCCCCCACCCCCAUAGACCACCCCCCUUCUCCGUGUCUCAGCUGUCCCUCAUCGAGAUCCGAUGUGCCACACCACGAUGCACCUUCUACGUCUCCGUGGACACCCAGCCACACUGCCACGAGUGCUUUGAGAAACGCCAGGGCCAGCCUAACGGGAGGAUAGAGUCUGCCCCUACGAAAGGCGGAAAUCAGGCUUGUGAGCCAGGGUGUAGUAGUAGAGUACGGCCCAGCCCUUCUGGCUACCUGGCGGUGUUAUCCAGCCCGCUCUCCGUCGCUACAUCGCGCUCGGCGUCAUGCUGUUACAGCGAAACCCACGCCAUGAAGUGCAAGAUGCCUGGCUGCGUUUUCACCCGCAGCAAGGAGCACAAUGGUCUGUGUGAACACUGCUUUAACAGCCGGCAGAAUGCACCAGGAAGGUGCGGCAUGUGCCACCAGGAGGCCUUCAGGAUAUUUAACGGACUGUGCCCCCCUUGCUUCCAGAGUACUGGCACAGAGCGGGGUGAGGAGCCCCAGCCGCCGGCAGCAGCGUCCUCUUCUGGGUCGCUAUGGACCCAGCCCCCGCCCAGGGAAUCUGAGUGCUCGGGCCGACCCUGUAAACGGUCGGGAUGCCAGUUCUUUGGGACUCAACAGAAGCGUGGAUUCUGCACCAUCUGCUAUGUGGACUAUCAGACCAACCACCUAGGGACCCUUCCUCCUCCUGCUCCAAUCCAGACUCACCGUGCGUCAGAGGCAGGCUUCCAGAAUGCUUUGCGCUGUCAGGGCCUGGGGUGUGGGGCCAUGGGCAAUGCCAUGCUGGAGGGCUACUGUAACAAGUGCUUCUUUAAAGAGCAGAGCUCCAGGUUCAACCAGAAUGCUACCAGGGCUCCCGGUGCCCACUCCCCUCCACUGGUCAUGCGGACUGCUAAACCAGAACAAGACAAACCCAGAAAGACCCAGACCCAGGCCACGUGCAGGUGGAAUGGCUGCAGUAACUUCUCCCCCGGCUGCACAGACCCGUGUCCAGAGUGCCGGGCCACACGGGGGCAGAGAGCGAGCCGCAGGGAGAGGGCAGGGGCACCUAAGGAGACGAUGAAGCAGAGUUGUAAAGCCCAAGGCUGUGACCACUAUGCCAACAUAGAGAAGCAAGGCUUCUGUAACGAAUGUGACCACUUUAAGCAGGUCUACAGGGGGUGAGCCCAAAGGUUUGGGGAAGAUUAAAAUGGUCGUGCCACCAUGCUAGUCAAAGCAUCUCUGAAACUAGUGACCCUAAGGCCAGACGCCCGUUUUAACAUGUGCUCAUGAAGAGAAAAGAGCAGGGGCAGUAGAAAUGGCAGGCAGAAUACCUCUUAGUGCAAUUAUUAUUAUCCCACGUGUACAGGAUGAAAGGUGAGGUAUACGUGUCAGACAACGGACAACGUGUACAGUAUCAUGCUGUACUACUGAUUGUAUCUUGAAAAAGCGCAAUACCUAAGCUGCUUAAUAAUACGGCCAAGCAAUCGACCAAAAUUCUGACAACUGCAAAGUUGUGCCAAAGCCAUCACGACCACUAACAAAAUGAGAGUUUGGUCAGUAGAAAUGUGGUUUAAACAGGAUUAGGUACAGUCAAAACUGUUAUAUACCUAGACAGCUAAUGUACAGUAUCUGAGUGAUUGUGAGUGGGCAGUACCCUUAAGUACUGAAUGGUGCUACUUGAACAGAAGUGAAACGUAGAGGUUAUGUUACAUGACAGAGAAAAACGGUAGUUAAAACUCCAUAAUAUUCAACCUCAGUACAUAUGCUGUUGUGUUCUUGUUUUCAACCUCUCCCACCACCACACAGAUGUCUACAGGCAGUACAUAUGCUGUUGUGCUCUUGUUUUCAACCUCUCCCACCACCACACAGAUGUCUACAGGCAGUACAUAUGCUGUUGUGUUCUUGUUUUCAACCUCUCCCACCACCACACAGAUGUCUACAGGCAGUACAUAUGCUGUUGUGUUCUUGUUUUCAACCUCUCCCACCACCACACAGAUGUCUACAGGCAGUACAUAUGCUGUGUGCUCUUGUUUUCAACCUCUCCCACCACCACACAGAUGUCUACAGGCAGUACAUAUGCUGUUGUGCUCUUGUUUUCAACCUCUCCCACCACCACACAGAUGUCUACAGGCAGUACAUAUGCUGUUGUGUUCUUGUUUUCAACCUCUCCCACCACCACACAGAUGUCUACAGGCAGUACAUAUGCUGUUGUGCUCUUGUUUUCAACCUCUCCCACCACCACACAGAUGUCUACAGGCAGUACAUAUGUCGUUGUGACGUUGUUUGCUGUCAACCACGUUUUGCAUCUCUACUGUAGAAGUCCAAGUUAGCGCUUGUCCUGAGAGUUGUACCAUGUUACAGUGUGUUCUCUAUGUGGUAAUGCUGGGCAAUUACCUUCACACGGACUCCUAGUUAAUGAGUUACUUAUAGAUGAGAGCAGAGUUCAGUUGAUCUCGUCCAAUGGGAUUGCCAGUGAGGAAAGGAGUGUGUGUUUGGAGGUAAGGAAGGAGAACAUAAAGGCAGGAGAAAUCCCCGUAGAGCUCAACACCCCAUUCAGAGGAGGGAGAACAUAAAUCCAGGAGAAAUCCCCGUAGAGCUCAACACCCCAUUCAGAGGAGGGAGAACAUAAAUCCAGGAGAAAUCGCUGUAGAGCUCAACACCCCAUUCAGAGGAGGGAGAACAUAAAUCCAGGAGAAAUCCCCAGC